AUGAAGUCAAAACGAUUAUUUUUUUUAUUAUGCCUGCUUCUGGUAUUCAUAUCUCAUUAUUCAGUAUCCACUCUAGGUGAUGAUAGUGAUGAUUCGAAUAGUUUAACUUUUCAUCCACUACCAACAACACCAUCAUCAUCUUCAGCACCCACAACAACAACAUCAUCAACAUCAGCACCCACAACAACAACAACAACCUCAACAUCAGGAGGAUCACAAGCAACAGAACCAGCAGAAACACCCACAACAACAACAACAACCUCAACGUCAGGAGGAUCACAAGCAACAGAACCAGCAGAAACAUCCACAACAACAACAACAACAACAACAAUACCAACAACAACAACAACAACAACAACAAUACCAACAACAACAACAACAACAAUACCAACAACAACAACAACAACAAUACCAACAACAACAACAACAACAAUACCAACAACAUCAACAACAUCAACAACAGAAUCCACAAAACCUACAACAUCAGAUCCAACGGGACCUACUCAUCUUGGAGAUGAAGAAGAUCCAUACAGUGAUAAUUCAAUUUUCAAUAGUACAAUUAUAGUAUAUGUAAUAGGCGGUGCAUGUGUAGUAUUUGUUUGUAUUAUAUUAUAUAAAAGAUUUAGAACAGGUAGAAUUUCAACAGCUCAAAACAAUGCAUCAUAUGUUGCAUUAGAAAUGAAAGAUUAA